GCACUCAUAAUCACCGCCGUGUAUUUGACUGCGAGUGGAGACAACAUCCUCACAUUCCAAGGUCUAGGCUGCAGGAAGGAGGCUCAGUGCAUACCAAACCGCCUUUAGGACCCAGCGUGUCUCCUUCGCAGCCUUUGUAGUUUUGUGUAGAGAUGAGGGAGACUGAGAUGUGCUUCUUGCUUAUCACGAUUCACGUCGAGGCUCUAACAGCUGAGGAGGAUGCUGAACAAGGCGAUUUGAAGCCGGGAUCAGCUCUCACUGCUGCUGGUUUACAUUUCACUUCAUUUCAUUAAUUUUUUUAUUUAUUUAUUUAUUUAUUAGAGACCUUUCCUCUCACUGACAUUAUUUUCUAUUUAGCCAUUUUAUUUUUUGGUAUUAAAUCCUGGGACACUGAAAGUAUUUCGGGCGCAUUCCUGCUGCUGGCUGGGACUAUGAUUUAUCGGCGCUUGCAGCUUGGCUCUCAUGAUAGACUCGCUCUCACUGGGUCUUGUUCAGACGGAAGAGAGCGGUGAAUCGUCUUUAACUUUCUUGAGCAUCUUCGACGAAUUCAGCUGCAGCGGGUACUUUUUGCACUUGAGCGGCUGUCCUGUGUGUAGGUGUGGAAGCAGCCAUGUGGAGCAGAGAGAGCGCUCCUUUACUCCUCGUCUGCCUGCUGGCUCUCACAGCCCUCUGGAAAACCAGAUCGGUGAAUGCAGAUGCCACAUCUGAUUCCUUUAAAAACAACAUCACUCUGUUCACACGCAUCCUGGACAGCCUGCUGGAUGGGUAUGACAACCGUCUACGGCCUGGUCUUGGGGACAGAGUAACUGAGGUGAAAACAAACAUCUAUGUUACCAGCUUUGGACCAGUUUCAGACACGGACAUGGAGUACACCAUAGAUGUUUUCUUCCGGCAAAGCUGGAAGGACGAGAGGUUGAAAUUCCAUGGGCCAAUGAAUAUUUUGCCCCUUAACAACCUGAUGGCGAGUAAGAUUUGGACCCCGGACACCUUCUUUCACAACGGGAAAAAGUCUGUGGCACAUAACAUGACCAUGCCUAAUAAACUGCUGAGGAUCAAAGAUGACGGGACUCUGCUGUACACCAUGAGGUUAACUGUGCAUGCAGAGUGCCCAAUGCAUCUGGAGGAUUUCCCCAUGGACUCUCAUUCCUGUCCACUAAAAUUUGGCAGCUAUGCCUACACAAUCUCAGAGGUGACUUACGCUUGGACUCGCAAUGCUUCCGAGUCUGUUGUAGUGGAAGGAGAAAGCUCUCGGCUGAACCAGUACGACCUGCUUGGGCAAACGGUCGGACAAGAAACCAUCAAAUCGAGUACAGGUGAAUAUACAGUGAUGACGGCUGAAUUCCAUCUGAAGAGGAAGAUUGGCUACUUUGUUAUCCAGACUUACCUCCCAUGCAUCAUGACAGUCAUCCUUUCCCAAGUGUCUUUCUGGCUGAAUAGAGAAUCAGUGCCAGCUAGGACUGUGUUUGGUGUAACUACUGUUCUCACAAUGACAACUUUGAGUAUCAGUGCAAGGAACUCCCUGCCUAAGGUCGCCUACGCCACUGCCAUGGACUGGUUCAUUGCCGUGUGCUACGCCUUCGUCUUCUCCGCUUUGAUUGAAUUUGCUACUGUCAAUUACUUCACAAAGCGCGGCUGGGCUUGGGAUGGAAAAAGCGUGGUGACUGACAAGAAGAAAGAGAGAGCCUCCAUCGUCAAGAAGAAUAACGCCUACGCUGUAGCAGUAGCCAACUACGCGCCUAAUGUGACCAAGGAUUCCAGCACUCUUCCCACCAUCGCCAAAGGCGGAGCAACGGACCCAAACAAGCCCAAAGCGGAUGGCAAGGCCCAAGAAAGCAAGAAGACCUUCAACAGUGUCAGCAAAAUUGACAGGUUGUCACGGAUUUUGUUUCCUGUUCUCUUUGGCAUCUUCAACCUCGUCUACUGGGCAACCUACUUAAACAAAGAACCCGUUAUACCAAAUAUGGUCCCCUCUGUUUAAGAGACCAAUUUUGAUAGCUUCUUGUCUGGGGUCUAAGUAAUGAAUCAAAUACCUCCAGCAACUAUGUACACAAACCUUUGCAGAGUGAAGCCCUGGACUGCAGUGUGACCCUCUAUCUUCGCCUGUUUUCUACACUGUCUGCAGCACUUUUAAGAGCCCGGCUUUUUGUAAAUGUGUAUGUAUAUUUAUAUUUAUGGUUUCAUGGUGACAUAUAUUGUACGAUGACUCUAAUUAGAGUGCAUAUUUCUUUCAAAGUAUGUUUCCAGUUUCACUACGUGGCUGCUGUACAUACAGAUCCAAUGAAGAGUAAACACAUAAUCACUAAGAAUCACGUUUGAUUUCGGAUCACUUCUCAGUGUGUUGAAUUCUGCUGUAAUGCCCACUUUCUUGAUAUAACAGUAUAUAUUUUUGUCUCGAGUGAAAGGGACUGACUAUCGUUUGAUUUCUUUCUUCAUAUAAGAGUCUUUCAACUCUUUUUUUUCUUUAUUUCCAAGCCAAUGCAAAAACACACUUGUAUAGUACUGUUACAGUUUAAAGCUUGUUUUAUUAUCUUUGACUACAGGUAUGGGGCUUCAAUAAAAAAAAAAGAAAGAAAAAAAUCUCCAAAAUUAUCGAAACACUCCCAGAUCAUGAAAGGCUGUGAAAAGAAAUAGAUAUAAAAUGAGAAUGUGUGGUUCUGCCAGCUCGAUGUACCAUUUGGGAUUACAGGACAAUAUCGCCAAAGAAACAAACGAUACACUAUAAAAAAAGACAUAUUUCCCAAAGGUUGUGCAUGUGUAAUAUAUGUGUAAAAAAUGGGAAAACUUCAGAACUAGCUAUACCCCAGAAAAAAUAAUUUAUGUACAACAAGAGCAGAUAAAUGGAUUAGUUUUAGAUCUCCAAAAGGGAACAGAAGAAUUCAAAAUUACCCAUAAAAAUAAUUUUCUCUGGCCAUCAGGGUGCGCAGAUGACCCCACAAAAAAUAAAACAGAGCGGACAGAAGUGUUGCUUUAAGUGGUAUUUAUGCUUCUGUGUUAAAUAUACGCUGUUGUUACGUUGUAACAGCAAACACUUUAUGAACUUGCACCUGAUGUGGACCUACCUAGAACUGCUAUUACAUGUUGUGUUAAUGCAGCCUGCUACAACUAUUCUUGGCCUUCUUUUCGACUCUAAUCGGCUCAAGAAUGUCCAACUAGUGUUCUGGCAGCAAAGCUGCAGAGUAACGCAGGCACCCUGCCACAAGUGUAAAUGCUGGCAAUGACAAACACGUGAAUUGUAUGGGGUUCCAAAUAAGUUACGCCAUAUUUGGAACCCCGUUUUAACCCUUCACAGCAAUCCAUGUAUGUAACUACACGUCAGGUUGCUGCAUAACGCAAUGACUUGACUGGCAUGGAAGGUUGCAGAGUAGGGAUAAAAGGGGUUUUCGGUUACUACGGACGUUAGGACGUCGAUUUCCCGCGGAAGUCUAAAUCAUGCUUUAGUUGUAGGCUCUGCAGAGAUUCAACACAGAAGUAUAAAUCUAUAAUGCUAGCAAACACUUUGCCUAUUUAAACACCAGCAGAAACUAAACAACAUGAACAUUCAUUUUUUAAAAUGUAAGUUGGAUGUUUACUCACCUUUUUGUUCUAUUUUAGUCUCUUCUGAGUCCUUCCAUUAAAAAAUAUAUAUAUGAGAUGUCAGUUAUAGGCAGGAGACUGUUUCACAGAAACACCAACAAGCUAAUACCAGAGUAUUUAUUUAUUCACGCCUUUAUUACUUUACUUUUAGUUUAGUACAUGUAUUUAAAAUCAAGGGUAAAAUCAGAAUAAUUUCAUGGGUUUAUUGUUCUUGUAUAAUACAAAUGCUCAUGUAACUCAGUCUUUAAAGUUAGGGAAGUAUCUUGGUGGUGGUUAAAAUCCUGCAAAAAUGUCCUUUGAUCUGUGAACAGUAAGAGGAUGCUGGACUCCAAGAAUGAGAAAAAUGUAUUGUUAAACCUGUUUUGCUCGAGAUAUGAUUGCUUUCCAUCUCUGUCAUGAUUACUGUAUAUUGUGUGAGAAAAGUCAUGUUCAGCCCCAUAUCAGCAGUCAUACAUGAUACUCUAAGGUGUAAGUUUUUUCAUGACGUGAUAUACUUUUUCUUCACAUGGGUAUUUUAACUUAAUUUCUCUUGAUUUGUUUGUUGAAACAAACUUUGCAUGGAGACAAAAUCUAUGAUUUUUAUGAUUUAUUUUCAUUAUGUCGUUGGCUAUAAUUCAUAUUUCUCCAACAUCCUGACAGAGUCUUAAACAUUCCAGAUAAAGGGAUUGUUCAGGUCCAGGUGGAUGCUUGAUUCAGUGCACUUUUUAAUAAAACACAUAAUUUCAGUUCUUUAUAUCUGGUCUUUGUCCUGACUUUGGAGACAAGAACAUAAAUAAAGAGAAUGAACUGCG